CACCCUCUAGGACCCUUUAAUAAGCUUAUUAACCCUCUCAAAUUUCAUCCUUCUCCGAUUUAACGCUCUUCCGUUCUUCAUCAUACCUUAUCUGAGGUGACCGAGGAAUCGUGUCAUUCGAGCCUUUUGUUACAUGUUUUUCCUAGAUUUCCAGAGAAAUCUGCAAUCAAUAGGAUUUUAUUCCUAGUACUCUCUUUUGAAAAGAAAAGCAUUGAAAAUUCUUUUUCCUUUCCGCAAUGAAAAUGGCAUCUUGUAGCAGUUAUAUUUUUGUGUCACUCAUUUUUCAUGCAAUAUGGCUGAUUUGUUCAACCCAAUUAUUGGUAUCUGGAAAGGGGGACAAAACUUAUGUCCAAGAGGCCUGCAGUAAUUAUGUCCAAGAGGCCUGCAGUGUGACCAGGUAUCGGGAUGUUUGCAUCCACUCGCUCUCACCGUUUUCGAGCUCAGCCAAGAACAGCCCGAGCAGGUGGGCCCGAGCCGGGGUUUCAGUUUCAUUGAGCGAGGCCAAGAGUGCCACUCGGUACUUGGUAACUCUGAAAACGCACGGGGGUGGUUUGAAGGGGAGAAACGAAGUUGCUUUGUCCGACUGCAUUGAGUGCUUUCAGAACGCGAUCGACGAGCUUCACAAAUCGCUCGAUGUUCUGAGGACGCUGACUAAGAUGACAUUCGACACGAAAAUGGCGGACCUGAAUACCUGGCUCAGUGCUGCCCUAACCAAUGGAGACACGUGCUUGGAUGGCUUUGAGGGCCAGAAUGGAAAACCAGUCAAAUUGCUACAAGACAGGGUUUUGAAAGUUACCUAUAUCACCAGUAAUGCACUGGCUCUUGUUAACAAACUUGCGACUACUGGCUUGGGAAGCCUUCCUAAUUUGUAGGAAGAGAAGAUUAAUGAUUGUAUAUGUUGUGUUUAAUUAACAUGUGAUUGGGUGAUGGGCAUGGGCGGAUUCAUAGAGGGGCUGGGGUGGUCUCGGGACCAUGCAUGGUCUGGGAAAAACGCCUAUGGAGGUCCUUCUAGGACCCUCCAAAUGUUUGGUAAGGGAGGACCGUUAUAUUCCUAGGGUUCUACAGUGUAAGCAGUUUUAUUUUUUAUUGUUAAACGCCAUAUAGUUAUAAGCUUAUAGUCUAAGCAAUUUCAUUCAAGGAGGGUGAAUGAGGUGUAGGCUUGCAGCAGACUUCUCAUGAGGAAGAAGACCCAUAUAAAACCCUCUCUAUUCCUUUGAA